UGAUAGGCACAAACAUUACACGGUUUUGAGUUAUUGUUGUGGCUACUCGCUCUGUGCCUCGUGCCGGUGGCAUUUUCGUCUUUUUAUUAUUCUUCUUCUUCUUCCCUUCACUCCUCCUAUGAAUCAAAUCAAAUCUCGUCUCCAACAACCACGCAUGCAUCAGAUGUUAUUCUGAGUGAAUGCUGCUAUCCCUUAAGGUACAAAAUCUCUGGCUUUGCCAAAGUAAAUUUAAAGUUUCUUUUUCUAUUAUUUUUGUUUCUUGUUUUUGGAUUAUUGGUGUAGUAGACUUUGUGAUCUGGGGUCGUGCUAUCUUCUUUGCUUGAAAUAUUUGAUUGGGGUUAUAAUUGAUGGGUUUUGUUUUCUUUUUUUAUUUGAUUUGCAUAUUGCAUGGUGUGUUAUUGUUACUUCACUAGAUUUUAUCCUUUUUAGUAAAAGAAGAUUUGCCUUUGUUCAUGUAACCAGUCUGGUGCUGAAGGUCUGUGUUGGUAUUCCCUGGAGACCUUUGAUUUUCUGGCUGGAAAAUUUCUUGCACUUUGCUUGGUUUUUGACUUUUUACUUGAGGAGUUUAUCAGAUACUUUGGCUUGAUUUUACGGUAAAGGAAUUUCAGCGUAGUGAAGUCAAGUUAACAUUUGAGACUAGGAAAAGAGAGAGGCUAAAUUGGUGUAACUUAUCAGACUUUUGGGCGUGGUAUUGUGGUGGAGUUGGUUGCAAUCUGAUCAGGGAUAUUGUUUACUGAUUUUAUAAUGAAUUCAAUUCAAAAUAAAGUUCAUUACUGUUGUGUUUAUAAGGGUAACCAUGUCCUGUAUGCGUAUAGUGGUGGGGACCAAGAAGUUGAGAACGUUGCAGCCUUGUGCUUGGAGAGGGCUCCUCCUUUCCACAGAUGGUAUUUUGAGACAAUAGGUAAAAAGACUUACGGUUUUUUUAUGGAAGAAGGGUACAUUUACUUCACGAUUGUUGAUGAAGGUCUUGGUAACUCAGUAGUUCUUCGAUUUCUGGAGCAUGUUAGAGAUGAAUUCAAAAAACUGGCUAGAAAAGGUUCAAGAGGAAUUUUUCCUAACAUGAAUUCAAAUCACAUUCAGGAAAAAUUGGUUCCCGUUAUUCGCAGUCUGAUCACUUCAUUGGAGAGUGUCUCGCAUGGUAGUAGUAAUUGGAGAGAUGAAACUUCCUCAUCUUUUCAUGUGGAUCUGUCUCCAUCACCAAGUAAUUUGAAUGGACAAGUUGAAGGUGGUAGUUCAACUAAAGCCCCUUUAUUGGGAAAAUCUGGCAAGCCAGAGAAGAAGAAAGUAAAGGAUCAUGUGAUUGCAAUGAGAGAUGUUGAGUUAGAGGAGCAUAGGAAAUCUACUGAUAGAGGACCAAGAGUUGAUUCAGGAAACCUGGACUGUAUUAGCCAAGGCAAUGCAGGUGCAUCAGUCUCUUUGCAAAAGGAUAUGGGUUCAAUGAGGAUGAGAUCAGCCCCUCAAAACAUUCGUAAGAAAUGGUGGCGUCAAGUACGCAUUGUUCUAGCCAUUGAUGCAGCUGUGUGUAUAAUACUAUUUAUCAUCUGGUUAUUAAUAUGUCAUGGUAUAUCCUGCAUCCGAUAGAAUUCAAUCCUAAUGUGUGACUCAAAUUUUAAUCAUUAUCAUAUUGGAACUUGAGAUUUUCCUUGCAUCAUCCUGUCAACAACAGAAAUUGGUUUCUUCAAUGGAGCAUGUAGAUGGAAGUUACAUACCUGUCUUGUUGGUUAGAUCUUUAGUGCUAUUUUAUUUGUAGGCAUGUGCUUCUUGUCACCCAUAUAUGGGCAUUUUAUUUAUAAAAUUCUACUGUACAGUUUCAUUAUUUUUAGACGUCUGUACUUGUAUAUGAAUUUUGGGAAGAUUUUAAAGGUUCUUGAUUGCUCUGUUUCUAUAGUUUUUUUUUUCAAUAGAUGAUUAUUUUAUGAUAUGGAGAUGAUAAAUAUUCUCAACUUUUACCUGCUGAGUAAUUAUGCCAUGAAAAUCCUUUAGAUAUGUUUUGAUCACCUUUUGUAGCUUAAAUAUGUUGCUUGUAGAAUACAGACUUUUAAGUAAUUGGGUUCGAUGAUCCAAAUCCAUAAAUUAGAACUUUAAGAAAGUAAAGGAUCAUUAAGUAUAUCACAGAAAUGUAGUUAUAUUAAUUUUGAAAUAAUUUUUGCAAACAAGGAAUUAUUCAAGAGCGUGUUCCCCACAAGUCUUGGCUUAAUAAUAAAAGGUGUUUUAAAAACAAACGAAUUGAGAGUGUAGUUAAACACCUUAUUACCAGAAACCCCUCAUUAAAGGCAUGUCGAACAUGCUUAGCAGUUAACCAAAGAUGUUUGGCUUGAAAAAGGAAUGUGGUUUAGAAUUUUUUAUACUUAUGCCAUAGGCAAGGGUAGUUACAGCAUGUAACCUCAGGGAGAUUGUGAUUGUCUGCCUUGCAGCAGUUUAGUGAAGGGAAAAUAACUGAGUCCUUAGAAUUUUUGUAGUUGAUGCUGAUCUAUACUAUCAUGAACCAAGGUUAGUAAAAGGCAUGAGAGUUGCAUAUUAAGUCUACAAAACUAUGCUAAAAACAAUUUCUGUGAGGUAGUUUUGAACAUCAACUUAUACGAAAAAUGAACUAUUGGUCUUUUACAGUUGGUACUGCCAUGCUCAUAUGCUUAUUUGAGUGAUAACCUUGCAGAGCACUGCUGCUUUUUCUUGUAUUUAUUAGAUAUUUUACUUCUGUACCCCCCUCGUAUAGCUGGAAUAGAUCAACUUGCUUGUGUGGUUCUUACUUGAGAAAUUUAGGCCCUGUUUACUUUACCUAUUAUCUGUUUUUUUAUUUUCAACAAAAUAGAAAAUACAAUUGAAAAACAUGUUUGGUUGUAUUAUAGAGCAUGUUUUCUAAAAUAAGCCCAAAUUAGAAAGCACAUAAAAGGUUAUUUUCUGUGUUCCCCAUGAAAGUCUUUGAAAAUGAAAAAGAUGAAAAUGUGGUGACAUUGAAGUAACACAUUGCUACAACAAGCUGCACCAUUCCUCAUGAUGCUGUUACAAAGCCCUAGAAUUUCUUUGUGCUUCUCCCAAAUAGAUCGCUAGUAUGUGAGAUCUGUUUGUUAACUUUGUUUUUGAAUCUAUUUGAUUCAAUAAUCCAUGCAAUUUCAAUUCAUUCUAGUCUAUAAUGACUUUUAUUAAUAGGCUCAAUAUGGUCCUACUCUUGUUAUUUUCAUUUCACGCCUGCAUGAAAAUUGAAAUGUUGAAUUAUAUAUUUGUAACUGAGCUUUUUGGGUGGAGCUAUUGAUGCAAUUAUUAAUGAGCGUGUGGUUGAUUGAUGAGUGUGUGGCUACUAGAAGUCAAGGAGAAUGGUAAAGCAUAGUAGUGCCCUAGACCCUGGCCCUGUAUAAACUAUUUGAUAAUUACUUAUACGAAAAGAACUUAUCAUAGAAAUUCUAAGGUGAGAAGUCAUCUCUAAUUUUGUGUUUGGAUAAUAUUUGCACAUGUACUUACUUAAAAUGAUAAGUUGUGUUUGGAUGAAUUUCUAUGAGCACUUUUAUAUGAUGAAAUUACUAAAAGAAGACAUUUUUAAAAACUAAUUUAAAUAUAAAUAAAAACAACAAAAAUGAGAGGAACAAAUCUCCACUAUAAAUUUUAUCAUGAAUUUGUUUUUUUCUUUCUCCCAUAAAAAAGAUAUUCUUGCCGAAUACUUUUCCCCAGUCCUUAAUUUUGUAAUGCUUUAGCAAACAAAUGGGCAGUUAUUGCUUUGUGCUGGGCUUGUGAAACCACCUUCUCUUCAUAUUAAUUUCAAAUAGGAGGAAUAGCUUUGCUGCUGGUAGGUUGUCAUUGGUUAUCAUUACUGAUUAGUGGACUAAAUUUUUUUUUUCUAA